AUGUGGCGCGGCGGUGGCUCUUACCACAGCCGCUUCCCGCCUCCCCUGGGGCCUCCCGGAGCCUCGCCGGAGCCGCUUGUCCAGGGAUUUACAGCAUCCCUAUCUCAGAAGAACAAAACUGCUUGGAGUGGAAGGAAAUCUGCAAAAGAUGGCCUGAAUCAGGAGCCUGUGGCACCUUUGCAGGCAGCACCUGAUGAAAGUCAAGACAUCAUUGCUUCUGUUCGGUGCAUCUUGGACAGAGAAAAUUACUUUGUGAGGGAGGUGGAUGGAUAUUUGAGGCACAAUGAUUUCUUAAAUCUGAGAAAGAAGGAGAUCCUUUACAAGAAAUGGCUUAAGGAUGUUUCAGAACCACUGCUGCAGAAAAUUGAGGACAAAAUGGACAGUCAGUCAAGUGAAGAAAUACGGAAAAGGAAAGACGAACAACUGUCUCUCUAUUUAAACUAUUGUAAAAAGAAGGGCUAUGUGGCUUUGGAAGCUUAUGACCCGUCAGAGUACGACCCAUUCUUCCUGAAGACAUGUACAGACUGCUGGAAGGUUUCAAUACCACCUUUACAGGAUCCUCUGUUAAAAGACAUUCAAAGAAAGUUUAUUGAGACAGGCAUUGUCAAGCAGUGUGAGACAGGAAGACCAUGCUCUACCAGAGAGCUGAACGAACUCAGUAAAGCGGAACUGCCACUUCUUCCUUUGAGCCGGCAACGUAUGGAUGCAGUUCAGUGGCUGAAGAUACCACACGCCUACAUUGCUAGUGAGGUCCACCGAACAAGGAGGCAGAAAGUCAUCAGCCACCACAAAGAUGGCAAGAGCCGAUGA